CCGCCUCGGCAGCGGAAGUUCCGGUGUCGGCGAGCGGAGGUGAGAGGUCAGCAGGAAGUCGAUACGUGGCCGCCGCCUGUCCCCGCCGAGGAGGCGCUGCGAGCGGAGAUGGCGGCGCCGCUGAACGUAGAGCAGCUCGAAGUGUCGCUCGACGGCCUCACGCUGAGCCCGGACUCGGAGGAGCGGCCCGGCGCGGAGGGCGCUCCGCUGCUGCCGCCGCCGCCGCCGCCGCCGUCCUCGCCCCCCGCGGCCGGCCGGGGCUCAGACGCCGCGGGGCAGCCGCCGGAGCCCGGGGAGGCGGCGGCCGAGGGCGCGGCCGAGGAGGCGCGGCGGAUGGAGCAGCACUGGGGCUUCGGCCUGGAGGAGCUGUACGGCCUGGCGCUGCGCUUCUUCAAAAUAAAAGAUGGCAAAGCUUUUCAUCCAACUUACGAAGAGAAACUGAAGUUUGUGGCACUGCAUAAGCAGGUUCUCCUGGGCCCGUAUAACCCAGACACUUCCCCUGAGGUUGGAUUCUUCGAUGUGUUGGGGAAUGAUAGGAGGAGAGAAUGGGCGGCCCUGGGAAACAUGUCCAAAGAGGAUGCCAUGGUAGAGUUUGUGAAGCUUCUAAAUAGGUGUUGUCCUCUCCUUUCAGCGUAUGUUGCUUCCCACAGAAUAGAGAAGGAGGAAGAAGAGAAAAGAAGAAAGGCGGAGGAGGAGCGAAGGCAGCGUGAAGAGGAAGAGCGGGAGCGUCUGCAGAAGGAAGAAGAGAAACGGAAGCGGGAAGAGGAGGAGAGGCUUCGACGGGAGGAAGAGGAGAGGAGGCGGAUGGAGGAGGAGAGGCUUCGGCUGGAGCAGCAGAAGCAGCAGAUAAUGGCAGCUUUAAACUCGCAGACUGCCGUGCAAUUCCAGCAGUACGCAGCCCAGCAGUAUCCAGGGAACUACGAACAGCAGCAGAUUCUCAUCCGCCAGCUGCAGGAGCAGCACUAUCAGCAGUACAUGCAACAGUUGUAUCAAGUUCAGCUUGCACAGCAACAGGCAGCAUUACAGAAGCAGCAGGAAGUGGUAGUGGCCGGGGCUUCCUUGCCUACAUCAUCAAAGGUGAAUGCAGCUGGAGCGAGUGACAUGGUGUCAGUUAAUGGGCAGGCCAAAACCCACACUGUCAGUUCUGAAAAGGAAAGUGAGCCAGAAGUGGCAGAAGAAGCCUUGGAAAAUGGACCAAAAGAAUCUCUUCCAGUGAUUGCAGCUCCAUCCAUGUGGACAAGACCACAGAUCAAAGACUUUAAAGAGAAGAUUCGGCAGGAUGCAGAUUCUGUGAUUACAGUACGCCGAGGAGAAGUAGUCACCGUUCGAGUCCCCACUCAUGAAGAAGGCUCAUACCUUUUUUGGGAAUUUGCGACAGACAGUUAUGACAUUGGGUUUGGGGUUUACUUUGAAUGGACAGACUCUCCCAACGCCGCUGUCAGUGUGCAUGUCAGUGAGUCCAGUGACGAGGAGGAGGAGGAGGAGGAAAAUGUCACUUCUGAAGAGAAAGCCAAAAAGAAUGCCAACAAGCCUCUGCUGGAUGAGAUUGUGCCAGUGUACCGGCGGGACUGUCACGAGGAAGUGUAUGCGGGUAGCCACCAGUAUCCAGGGAGGGGAGUCUACCUCCUCAAGUUUGACAACUCCUACUCUUUGUGGAGGUCCAAGUCAGUCUACUACAGAGUCUAUUACACUAGAUAAAGCCCAUGUCACAGAGCCUGGAGUCCAAGGUUGGGCAGAAGAUGACAUUUAAUUUCUUUUGACUUUUGUGGCCCAUUGGAGUCAGUGUUUACCUUCUUGAUUUUGUUCUGAUGGUUUAUGAACUCUUGCUGGGAACCAGGAUUUCCUGAGACCCUUAGCACUGAUGCUCUGAGGUUAAAAGCAGUUCUGAAGACUCCUCUAGCCCUUGGGUGCUGACCAGCAGAGCCACUAAUGGAUACUGGAGUUAUGUGAGCUACAUGUUAAAUAUUCAGUCUCCAAAAUAAACGUCCCAGCGUUGACCCGACCUGGCUGGUGGUUAGUCCCUUGCUGUCUGCUCCGUGUGUUCUACCAGAGCCCGCUGUUACAGCUCUAAUUGAGAAUGCUUCUCUUGUAGUCUACAUCAGCUCCGACUGAAUGAAGCUCAACAGUUUGAAACUUAAAAACUCAAGACUUCAUGGAUUAUAGUAGAAAAAGAAAUGGCCUCAACUUGGUCUUACCUGAGUGACCCAGGUUGUUUUUGCUUUGGAUACAGCUGUUUAGUUAGUUAUGUUACAAAGAAUUAUUUUCUGAGAGAAUCUUAAACUUAGAAUGUUCAAACUCAGUAGAUAAUUGACAUAUCAAGAUACAUAGAACACCUCAGCAUCCUUCCUACCAGGUCCUCAGACUCUCAGGCCUUUUCUUCCAUUUGCCAUUCACACUACUGCUAACAAAACUAGUUGAUUUUGUUUUGAUAUAGCUUCGUGAAACAUCUCAAAUUGAAAUUAUUUUCUGUAACAAGCAUACAGCCAGGAGUUUUAUGAACUCAAAUUGGCACCUACUGAAUUAAAAUAUGCAAAAUCACUUUAAUGUAAUUGAGCAUUUGAGGAGUACCAUUGCACUAAUAGAAAAUCACUGCCAGGGACAGUCCAAAUUUCUUUCUGUGUAUUAUUAGGGCACAAACUCCACGAUCCAGUUUGGAAAGACAUACUAGAGAAAAUUGGAAAUGCAUAGACCCAUGCUUAAAUGUUACAGCUUUAAUCUGUAUUACGACCUACUGGUGGGAAAAGGUACAUCUUUGGUUUUCUUAUGAAAACAAAUCCACAUGGAUUAUUUUAAAUUGUGUGAGUGGUUAAGUAUCCAGAGGGAGGGAAAUGUAGAUAGAUAGUGACAGAGAUAGUGCACACCUUGUUACUUUGUACUGAAACCGAGACUUCCUUUUGACACCACAGACCACUUCCACAGGGAUCCCAUUGGCUGGCUGAGUGUGCACAGUUCACUACACAAGGCUGUUUGAGGUUUUCACAUGCUGCAUUUCUUCUGUUUUUAAUACCUGGUUUUAUAGGUAUUUAACUCUGUUCUCUUUUGGUUGUUAAGAAACUGGAUUGUUUUCUCCUAACCAGUGCUUAAUCUGUGUUUUUGAAUUUUGAUUCAGAAGUAGUCGAAUGCUGUUACAUCCAGAAUAUUCGUUAGGCUGCCCUGCAGCUCUUCUGUAUAUAUAGAAACCACAGAGUUAGGAUUUUUUUUAAUGAGAAAAAAUACUGUAUUUAAAAUGUAAAAUAAACUUUUAAAAAGCAGGCACUAAUAUAUAUUUCUUUCAGCCUUUGAUUACAGUUUUGUCCUUGCACAUGUUAAGAAAUUAUCUUCUAAAAAUAUUGUUCUUGGGAGCGGUGUAUGUCACUCUACAUAGCAGUCUCUUCACGUGCUCAGACCUGAACCGUUUGUUCUAAACUUCUUUAUAUCGCCUUUGGCUGUUGAUUAGUACAAGUACGAUUUCAAAAAGAUCUUGAAAGUAAUAUAUUUAAUCAAUUAAAAUGUUUAUCUGUAACUUGUUGAUGUUUCUGUUAAUACAGUUCCCUGAAGCAUUUAACUGUCUUUUUUCAUUUAGACAGAAUAAGGAGAAAUGCCUUAGAUGAUCUUUUCUGUUUAUCUAGUUGAAAAAUACCAAACUCUUUCUGAUUAGCUCGUUUUCUCUAUGAGUUAUAAUGGAUUUUAAAUUGUCCAGACUUGACGAGAAGUGUUGGCUUUUCAUCCUGCAGAUGAUCAGGUUAUAAAGUUACUUUCCAAAGCUGCCCUGUGUGGCCUUUGCUGUGACGUGGGGAGGUACUCUAUUUUAUAAUGGCUCCUGGGGUGUGUAGCCUCUAAUUGGACGGAUGAUUACAGAGCAUAAGACCACACUGGGUACAGGGUACCAGGACUUGUUGGUUUUUUUUUUUUUCUUUUUUGUUUUUGAAUUUGGAGAGACUGAAUGAGAUGAUUCUCUUGGUCCCCGUGCUGUGUGGUGUACCUUGAAAUCAAGCCCAAGAAUGACAGUUAAGGGAAGCUGUUGUGGUGGCAGCCUGUUUUGGAGGCCGUGUUUCAGAGUCUUAACCACUCAUCUUAGGGAAGAAGAGAAGCAGCUGCUUCCAGAUGGCUGCAAGUUGUCCACUGAAGAUCAGAAUGUGACGCUUCAGCAACCCAGACUGUCUUUGUUUCAUUCCCACGCUUUUUUUCAUGCAAUCUAAAAAUGUAUGCCAGUAUAUCUAUUAGGAGUAGAGAAAAUUUUAAUUCAUUUCUAUUCACCAACUUUUUUAAAUGUGUAUGAAUUGGUAUUAAACAUUAGAUGUUGCUAUGUGGCCCAGGCUGGCCUCAGACUUGCUAUAUAACUCAUGCUGCCUUGAAUUCUUAGUCCUCCUGCUUAUGCCCUCUGAGUAUUGAGAUUAUAGAUGUGUAAUACCAUACCCAGCUAGUGUUAGACUUUUUUAAUUUAUUUAUUCAUGUGUAUGGGUAUUUUGCCUAGAUGUAUACCUGUGCACCAUGUUCACGCCUAGUUCAUGCAAAGGCCAGAAGAGGCAUGGGACACCCUGGAACUGGAGUUACAGACAGCUGAGUUACCAUGUGGAUGCCGGGAAAUUGAACCCAGGUCCUCUGGAAGAGCGGCCAAUGCUCUGAACUGCUCAGCUAUCUCUAGCUCCUGUUGACUUUUAUCUUACAUACUUACCUGCAAUCCUUAACUUUCUUGCUGAGUUGGGUGUCUGUUUUGUUUUGUUUUUGAGAGUAAAUGCUUUGAUCUCAUCACUCCAGCCGUUUCCAAGCACUUAACCAUCUCUUCCAGUUAUGCUAAAAUAUAGGUCCACUAAACUACCUCCAUUUUACAAGGUCACAUGCCACUUGUGAGCUGUGAAUUGAUUAUUUGAAUUAUUUGACCAGGUACUUAAUUUGGUACAGGAAAUUAAGGGGCUGACUUUGCCGUAUAAUUGACACUGCCCCCCCCCCACCUUUUUUUUUGUCCAGGGUUUUACUCUGUAGUCCAGGCUGGCCUGGAGCUCCCUAUGUACCCCAAACAGGCUUUAAACUCACAAUGAUCCUUCUGCCUCAGCCUCCUUCGUUCUGGGACCACAGGUAUGAACCACUGCACCUGGCUGAAUAUUACCUUUUGAAUGUAGGCAGUCAAAAUGUGGUAGACGUACAAAUUGAAACACUUACCUUAUUUCUGAAAAGAAUGCAUACACAUUGGAUUAUACAUGUAAAAAUUAUUUUUAACUUUCAAAGCAUACUUGGGGCUGCAGAGGUGGCUCAGUAGUUAAGAGCUUAUACUGUUCUUCCAAGACAUGAGUUCAGUUCCUAGCACCCACACACAUCAGGCUGCUCACAACUAUAACUCGAGCUCCAGAGAAUAUGAGGGUAUUUUCUGGCCUCCCUGGGCACCCAUACACCUGUGAGCAUACUCUUGUUAACAUAUACACAUACACAUAAAUAAAAAUAAAUCUCUUCUAAAAAAAGUCCAGGUUGUUUUGGGAAACUUGCAGAUACUAAAUACAGGUCGAAUAACCAACAUCCUAAAUGCUUGGUAACACAAAUGUUUCUGGUUUUAGGCUUUUUCAGAUAUUGGAAUGUUUCUAUAGACAUUAUGAGAUGUCUUGGGACCUGAAUGUGAGCAUGAAAGGCAUUCAUGUUUGAUAUGCAUGUUAUACUCAUAGCCUGAAGAUAAGUUUAUUCAGUCUGCCUGCAUUUGACUGUAGCCCAUCAGGUGAGAUUAGUUAUGGAUUUUUCUCCACUUGUGCGUCAGUGCUUGGAAAGUAUUUGGAACUUUAAAUUUUCAGGUGGUUCAGCGGGUAAAGGCUCUUGCUGUGCAUGUUUGAGCCAGCUGAGUCAGAACUCCAUGUAAGGGUAGAAGGAAAUAUCCACAUUCUACAAAGUUGUCCUCCAAUUUCCACGUGUGGACUGUAGUGUGUAUAUGCCCUCAUACACAUACACACACAACAAUAAAGUUUAAUUCUAAAAAAAUGAAAUUCCAGUGUGUUUCCCUGGUAACUACUAACAGGAUAGAGCAUUUCUUUUAUUGAUUGGAUUUCCUCUCCUGAAAAUUUCCUGUGUCCUUUACCCAUUUCAAUUAAGCAAACUUCUUUUUCGAUGUAUCAGUUUUAUUUGUGUGUGUAUUUUGCAUGCUUGUAUGCCCGUGCACCCCAUGUGUACAUGGUGCCCACAGAGGUCAGAAGAUGGUGUCAGAUAAAGUGGAUUGAGUUACAAACAGUUGUGAGCUGCUCUGGGGGGACCUGGACCUGUGCAAGAAAAAUAAGCUAGCUCAGUCACUGAGCCAUCAAUUGAAUAAUUUUAUAUGAUUUCAUUAUCUUUAAUUCAGUUUAAGCUGGGUUUGGUGGUGCAUGCCUUAAAUUCCAUCACUCAGAGGCAAGUGGAUCUCUGGAUUUGAGGCCAGACUGGUCUCCAUAGCAAAUCCUAAGACAGCCAGGGCUACAUAGACCAUCUCUAAAUAUAUAUAUAGUUUACAAGGCUGGCAAAUGGCUCAGGGGGUAGAAGCACCUGCCACCAAUCUUGAGGACCUGAGUUCAAUCUCCAGGACCCAUAGGGUGGAAGGAGAAGUUCUGCAAAUUGUCCUCUGACCCCCACAUUCAAGCUAUGGCACGUGUGCACCGACAUACACACCCACACACAAAAAACAAUUUAAAAAGAUUUCCCGCCGGGCGGUGGUGGCACACGCCUUUAAUCCCAGCACUCGGGAGGCAGAGUCAGGCGGAUCUCUGUGAGUUCGAAGCCAGCCUGGGCUACCAAGUGAGUUCCAGGAAAGGCGCAAAGCUACAUGGAGAAACCCUGUCUCGAAAAACCAAAAAAAUAAAUAAAUAAAUAAAUAAAAGAUUUCCCAAUUCUAGUCUGUAUAUUGCAUGUGUGCAUAUGCUGUGGGAUGUCAUUCUGUAUGCUGUGAAUAUGUGUUGCUCUGAUUGGUUGACAAAUAAAAUGCUGAUUGGCCAGUAGCCAGGCAGGAAGUAUAGGUGGGAUAAGCAGACAAGGAGAAUUCUGGGAAGAGGAAGGACAGAGUUAGGAGUCGCCAGCCAGACACAGGAAGCAAGAUGUCAAGGCAGAACUGAGAAAAGGUAAUAAGCCACAUGGCUAAAUAUAAAUAAGAAUUAUGGGUUAAUUUAAGUGUAAGAGCUAGUCAGUAAUAAGCCUGAGCUAAUGGCCAAGCAGUUAUAAAUAAUA